AUGCUUCCGCUGAUCGGGCUGUUUCUGCCCUUGCUCUUAGUCUUCAUCCCGCUGUCUUUUCUUACCUUGUUUGUAGAAAGUCGUUCUGGCCUUCUUCUGACAGCGGAGACGAAGCGAACACUGUUUGGGUCCGACCGAAAGAGGAGAAAACAUUCGAGUGGAAAGGGAGGAAGUUCGGUGGGGAAGACGGCACUUCUGCUGAUUGCGCACCCGGACGAUGAGUGCAUGUUCUUCGCGCCAACGGUCAUCGAACUGGUGAAGUCCGGCGCUGACGUCGAAGUGCUUUGUCUAUCGCAAGGGAACGCGGAUGGACUAGGUGAUGUGCGGCCUACUGAGCUCGUCAAAAGCUGCAAAGCCCUCGGCAUCCUCGAUUCCAGUAAAGUCUCAUGCCUAGAUCACGCCGAGCUGCAGGAUGACCCCAACGCAUGGUGGAAAGCAUCUGUCAUAGCCGAUGUACUGUCCGCCCACAUAGGAGACCGGGCAAUUGAAGCGAUCAUCACCUUCGAUCAGUAUGGGAUCUCAGGACAUGCAAAUCACCGGGCUCUAUUUGAUGGUCUUAGAUAUUUUCAAAGCCUGCCAAUGGUUCCGGGCAGAGCUUUCGUAGCAAAUAAUGAGGACGCGAACCAACCGUAUUCCUCCGCCGGACGCCAGUCAAGGCGGCUUUCAUCUCGCGGAGCCCCAGUAUGCUACGCUCUCAAAUCCAUCUCCAUCUUGCGGAAAUACAGCGGCGUGUUGGACCUACCGUACACCGUCCUGAACUUUUUGGUCCGCAAGCACAUCUUGCCUCACCGACGUCUACGGGCCUCGUCUUCUAGGACGACGUUGAGGGCUUCGACUGUGGACGCAAUCAAGGAAAAGGCGGCGAAGGCAGGGUUGCGCACCAGGAAACCGAAAACGUCUCGCGGGCCAUCUGCCCCUACGGAGGCUGUGUUCGUCGGUGGACCGCUGCAGGCUAUCCAAGGGUGCAAUGCGAUGACCUGUCAUAAGUCACAACUGGUUUGGUUCAGAUAUUUGUACCUCCUCUUCUCGAGGUACAUGGUUAUCAAUGAGUUAGUGGAAAUAUGA